AUGGCGUUGAGAGGGAAUUCUAUAAAACACCUGGUCAACGGUGCAACUUUUCGCAACGCCUCGUCCUUCGCUUCUCUUCUGCCGAAAGGAGGGCUCUCCUACCUCGACGGAAAAUGGGUUUCGGCAAAAUCCGGGGCCACUUUCGAAGUGCGCAACCCUUAUUCCAAGGAUUUGAUCUACAACUCCCCCGAUUGCAAUAUUGACGACGCGAAAGACGCCCUGAAAGCAGCGCGCGGCGCGUUCGAAAAGUGGUCACAAGAGACCACGCCGAAGCAGCGAGGGGCGAUUCUUCAGAAAUGGUUCUCGAUUUUGCAGCAGAAGGAAGAAGAGCUGGCCCGAUUGUUGACCACCGAGCAGGGAAAACCGCUGGCUGAAGCGAAGGGGGAGAUCCAGUACUCGGCCUCAUUCUUCGAUUGGUACGCCGGGGAGGCGAGACGGAUCUAUGGACAGGUCGUCCAAUCCGCCGUCCCGAACCGUGAGCAUCUCCACAUCAGAGAGCCGAUUGGCGUCGUUGUCCUGAUUACCCCGUGGAAUUUCCCGACUGCCAUGAUUGCGCGAAAGGCGGGUGCUGCAUUGGCCGCUGGAUGUACACUGAUCGUCAAGCCUGCUCAUGAGACUCCCUUGAGUGCCUUGGCUUUGGCCCAGACGGGAGAAGAAGCUGGACUUCCGGCCGGCGUCUUCAACGUCCUCACCACCGGUCAUGAAAAUCUACAGGGAAUGUCCAAAUUCCUCUGCGAAUCUCCGGACGUCGACGCGAUUUCGUUCACGGGCAGCACUGGAGUGGGAAAGCUCCUGCUAACCCAAUCGGCUUCCACGGUCAAGAGAGUCUGCCUCGAGUUGGGUGGAAAUGCUCCUUUCAUCAUUUUCGAGAGCGCUUGCCUGGAAAAGGCGAUAAAGGGCACGAUUUCGGCGAAAUCCAGAGGAUCCGGCCAAACAUGUGUGUCGGCAAAUCGGCUGUUUGUUCACGAAAACGUUUUGGAUAAAUACGUGGAGAAGCUGAAGAAUGCUGUCGGGCAGCUUGUAACCGGUGAUGGACUCGACCCAAAGACAACCCAGGGACCCCUGAUUAACGAGAAGGCCGUCGAAAAGGUCCAAAGCCUCAUCAAUGACGCCGUAGACAAGGGCGCAAAGAUCGUUUGCGGCGGAAAGAAGGGAAAAGCUACGUGCUAUCAGCCCACAAUUCUUACUGGAGUUACCAAGGACAUGGAAAUUGCGCAUCAGGAAAUCUUUGGUCCAGUGAUUGCAAUUCAGACGUUCAAAGACGAAGCGGAAGUGCUGGCGAGAGCCAACGACACCCGUUUUGGACUGGCUGGCUACAUUUUCUCGUCGGACGCCUCGCAAAUCUAUCGCGUGACCCGUCGACUUCAAGUCGGUAUGAUCGGCGUGAACGAAGGGCUGAUCUCGUGCGCCGAGGGCGCUUUUGGUGGAGUCAAGGAGAGCGGUCUUGGACGAGAGGGUGGCGCACAGGGAAUCGACGAAUUCACCCAAUGGAAAUACAUUUGCACUCAACAU